UAACAUUUAACAACACCACACUAAUAGAACCAAAAAUACAAUACCCUCUCACUUUCUCCCAUACAAGCUGAAAUUAUUAAUUACUAUAACCAAAUCAAAAAAAUAAACGAAACAAUAAAAGAAGCGUGAUUAGAAAGAAAGAAAAGAAAAAUGACCAUGGACCGAACUUCGUCACAGAGCAGUUCUUCAGACUCACCAUCACGAGACACAAAAGUGUUAUCAAUCGAAUGUUUCAAAGGAACUUCUAAAUCGGAUGAAUGGAAAACCGAUAUGCUUCAAACCGGGGAUAUAGUCGAAGAACUUCGAGUUGGAGGCUCCGCUAACUCACUGAUUCGGUUCAAAUCGCCUUUUAAGAAUGGUAAGAGCGGUGUCAACAAGAUCCUUCUAGAGGCUUAUAAGAAAAAAGACACUUCUAUCCUUGUACGAGUUCGCCGUGGAAUUGACGAGUUCGUUGAGUUGCAGGCUUGUAUUGUUCCUAACGAUUCUUCUGGAAAGAAGAACAACUAUGUUCUUAGGUCUAUUACUGAUCCUAAUUACCUUGUUGGCUUUUUGGAUCGAACUGAACCUGAGUGCUUCCAACUUCAAGCUUCAAGGACCAGUAGGAUGGUAAAUGAGCUAACAAAGACACGACUACAGGAUGGAUUUGUGUUCUAUCCAUGGGAGAGGAGGAUGCAGGAGUUGCUAUCAGUUCCAAAUUCUAGCAACUAUCUUUCCAUAUUACUUCUUCCCAAAGCUUCGGAUAAGGUAGCUUCACGCUACAAUGAUGUGGAGGAUACUCUAGCCAGGGCAAAUGCAUGGCUUAAUGCAGCUCAAGCUUCAGGGGUCCCUAUUGUCUUUAUGAACAUUCAAACUGAGUCUCUACUUACAAAGAUAUCUGGAGAGACAGCUUCUUCCACCGUAAACGCAGGGUCGUUAUCCGACUUAUGCAACAUUGCGAAUGCAAGCCUUUAUGGUUUUGAAGAUUAUCACGGAGUAGACAUUGGUGUUGUGAGAGCAAUUCGACUAUGGUAUGCUCCAAUUGGUGGAGAAUUCUCAAUAGAGAUCAAACUAAGAGAUGAUGACACAAAACUUGGCUUUGCCAUUAGUCGUACAGAAGAGGGUUUUAUUUUCAUCUCAUCAUCAGCUAUUGAUGAAGGUAAAGAAAUUUCACCAGCCACACGUUCAGGACUCAGCAAUCUCUACAAACUAGCAACAGAAACUUCAAGACUAUUAGUAGUUUCAAGGAUUUCAAAUCAAAGAGUGCUUCCAUGGAUGGUAUCUUCAACAGGAGCAAUUAGAUGUUACGACACCGUUUCAUUGAGCCAGAAACUCUCCUUGCAUCGACACACUAAAGUUCCUAUUCUCCUUCAUGUCUUCCUUUGGGACAGAUCAAUGGCUACUUCAAGUGUUGAAAGUACUAGUACAAGAUUGAGAUCCUUGUCUCCUUCUGUGUUGCCAUUACCAUCUGAAGUUGUUCAAUUGUCACACCAUAGAAAUGAGAAACAGAUACAGCCAUUGUCCUGUGAAGGAUCUGAUGCUGGUGAUAUUAGUUUCAGUGAUAGCUCUCAGCUUGAGAGACACAGUGCAGCUGGAGAUGUCUCAUUCAGAUUCCAGGAUUUCUCAUUGUCCUCCACAAACUAACUGGGUAUGAAUGUGAUGAUAUUAUACAUAGUAACAUAGCAAUAUCACGCAUGCAUGUUCCUUUUCUCUACCUUGUUGUACAUAACAGGAUGUAUACUAUAUUGCUUUGGUCUUGAGGCUUUUAAUUUGUAAGGGUUAGAGUUUGUUUUGUUUCAUUAGCUUUCAAGUUUCAACUAACUGGUUGGUCUCGAGUGAUUAAUAAAUUUCAGUUAAGAUCAUUUUGAUCUAACAUUAUUUAGUUCGAA